GGCAUGAAUGACUUCAUCCCCAAAAGAGAGUCAUGAUUAAUCAGAGACCCAUCAAAUUCAGACUCCCUGGCUCUAUAUCUUCAAUCUCAAAUUCAUCAUCAUCUUCGUCUUCAUCUUCCUUUCCACGAUCGUCAUCCGCAUCAUCUCUCAAUGUUCAUAAAUCCGACCAAAUUAUAACCAAAAUGGGUAGAAGAUCGGUCCUUAAACCAACCCUGGUUACGAUCCUCUUAAUCUUGGCUUUUUAUGCUUUCUUCAACCGCUCAAUUUACCCUAAUACUGAUAACAACUUACCCAACCAAUUCCUUGGGAAAACCAACCUUGAAAUUCCCGAUAAAUCAGUUCGAAUUUACAUGUACGAUCUGCCAAGAAAGUUUACCUAUGGUGUUAUAGAGAGCUAUGCAAUCCCACGACAUGGGUCGGGAAAUGAAGAUGUAACAAAGGUUAAGUACCCAGGGAAUCAGCAUAUGGCUGAGUGGUACUUGUUCUCUGAUUUGAAUAAUCCGAAAAGAUCCGGGUCGUAUGUGACCAGGGUUUUGGAUCCAGAUGAAGCUGAUUUGUUCUAUGUGCCAUUCUUUUCAUCGUUGAGUUUGAUGGCGAACCCAGCUCGUGGUGGGGUGGUUCCCAAGGGAUAUAGUGAUGAGGAAACACAGGAGGAUCUGAUUGCGUGGUUGGAGGAGCAGGUUUAUUGGAAGAGGAAUAAUGGGAGGGAUCAUGUGUUUAUUUGUCAGGAUCCAAAUGCGUUGUACAAGGUUGUUGAUCGUGUGAAAAAUGGGGUGUUGCUUGUUUCGGAUUUUGGGAGGCUGGGUCGAGAUCAGGCAUCGCUGGUGAAGGAUGUGAUACUGCCAUAUUCACAUCGGAUAAAUUCUUACAAGGGUGAAAUCGGGGUCGAAGACCGGAAAUCGCUCAUGUUCUUUAUGGGGAAUCGAUAUCGGAAGGAGGGAGGAAGGAUUCGUGAUUUGCUCUUUCAGAUACUUGAGAGUGAAGAAGAUGUUAUAAUGAAACACGGUGCUCAGUCAAGGGAGAGUCGCCGAAUGGCCUCACGAGGGAUGCAUGGUUCCAAAUUUUGUUUACAUCCAGCUGGUGAUACACCGUCGGCUUGUCGACUUUUUGAUGCUGUUGUCAGCUUGUGCAUUCCUGUAAUAAUCAGUGAUUAUAUUGAGUUGCCUUUUGAAGAUGUCAUAGACUACAGGAAAAUUGCUGUUUUUGUGGACACAGAGUCGGCUGUACAGCCAGGAUACCUGGUUAAGUUGCUUAGGGGAGUAAGGAACGAUCAAAUAUUGGGAUUCCAAACAGAGAUGAAAAAGGUGCGACACUACUUCGAAUAUGACGAUCCAGAUGGGACUGUGAACGAGAUUUGGCGUCAAGUUUCGUUAAAACUUCCACUUAUUGAACUAAUGAUCAAUCGUGACAAGAGGCUUGUCAAGCGGCAAUUGGCUGAACCCGACUGUUCUUGUGUUUGCUCAAAUCAAACAGGAAUUCACACAUCAUUAUGAAGACAAACUGUCAUAAUUUUGAAGGUAGAUUUGGAGAGUUUGUGGGCACAAAAAUGAAGAUGCUGAUUAGCAUCAGAAAUUGCAUAAUAUCCAUCAUGACAGGGUGUGCUUCAAUAUUUUAAUGAGUCUGAAAAUAUGAGUUUUUAGCCAUUCAUCCAUUUGACAUAGAGGAGAAAAUGACUAGGUACUGCAAGUUGUAAGUUGAUGUUGUACCUUUCUUUUUGUUAACUGUGGUGUGUGGGUGUUUUGGUCAGCUUAUGCACGCCUUGACUGGUCUCAUGCGAGUCUUGAAGAUGAUAGCCUGAAAAUCCCAUGGGGCCUUGGAGAAUACAGACAAGAAAAAUCCUCAGUGGUGUUGGAGGGUGAAGGAUUAGGGGUUGAGGCAUUUGAGAUGAUGAUCGUAUGGUGUCGAGGAUUGGGGGAUAACGCUGAAGAUAUGGUUGUGGCUAUACUUUUAAAUUGGGAUGAACUUGAAUUUGAAUCAUCGAAUGUGUAUUCAUACUUAAUUUCAUCUUUGUUUUUCAUCUUGUUGCUUAACAUGAAUUUGAAUCAUCGAAUGACUGUAUGGAUGGUAUUUUUGG